AUGUCUGGGGCCCGCAAGACCAAGAUGAACCUUUCCCUCCUCACAUGGAGACCUCGGGAUUUACUCGCUGACAUCCAAAUUGACCUUGUGGCAAGCUUUGGAGAAUUCAUUGGUACGGUCACCCUUAUGAUGGUUGGUUUAGGAGGUAUUCAAGCUGCUGGUACUUCUAAUAUAGCUAGUUUACGCCCAGCUGCCAGUCAAACCACUGCCAGUACUGGUACUACUGGAUCAAGUUCUAUUAACACUGUCGCUUCCGCCGAGUUGUUCCCUACAGAGAUUGGAACACUUAAAGCAGCACUACAAACUAAAAUAGGAUGA